AUGAGCGUCUACAGUCGGCUGCUGAACAUGAGCGGCUACAGUCGGCUGCUGAACAUGAGCGUCUACAGUUGGCUGCUAAACAUGAGCGUCUACAGUCGGCUGCUGAACAUGAGCGGCUACAGUCAGCUGCUAAACAUGAGCGGCUACAGUCGGCUGCUAAACAUGAGCGGCUACAGUCGGCUGCUAAACACGAGCGGCUACAGUCGGCUGUUGAACAUGAGCGUCUACAGUCGGCUGCUAAACACGAGCGGCUACAGUCGGUUGCUAAACACGAGCGGCUACAGUCGGCUGCUGAACAUGAGCGUCUACAGUCGGCUGCUGAACACGAGCGUCUACAGUCGGCUGCUAAACACGAGCGGCUACAGUCGGUUGCUAAACACGAGCGGCUACAGUCGGCUGCUAAACACGAGCGGCUACAGUCGGCUGCUGAACAUGAGCGGCUACAGUCGGCUGCUAAACAUGAGCGGCUACAGUCGGCUGCUGAACACGAGCGGCUACAGUUGGCUGCUAAACACGAGCGGCUACAGUCGGCUGCUAAACACGAGCGGCUGCUGA